AUUUCUUGCGACAAUGAUAUAGAAACCAGCGGAUACGGACGUCACGGCAUCCCACAGCGCUCCAGUAAAAUGCGCCUGCAUUUACUUCGAUGCUCAAAAGGGGAAAUGUGCAAUUAAGACUGACAGCGGCGGCUGAAUUCAUGUCACUGACCUAGAAAGUGCACACGGCGUUCCCGCAUCCUGCCGGGUGACCAGGGCUGCUCCAAGACCCGGGAGGUAAUUACAGAAACACAGCUUAACACCAGGCAAAUCACACCAAUGCAGUAUAAGUACCAUCACUAAGCUGUAUGAGUCUAAAGCUAUAAUUAGCCAUGCAUUAGUUUGAUUAACUUUUUUUUUUAUUUUACGAGCAUGGUGGCUGAAGGCUGGCCCAUAGUUUGGACUGGAUAACAAAAAGGAAAAAAAAUACCAUUUAAUGUUUAUCAGGCACUUUGUCAUUGAAACCCUUAUGCAGUUUAUACAGAAUGUCCUUGAGAAGCAUUAGGCCUGAAUAUUUUUUUUUUUAUUUUUUAAAAACAAUGUAUUGAAAUUACUUAUGAAGCAGAAUCUUCGUGCCGUCCAGGUCGCUAUGAUAAACAGGAGGCUUGAGUUUCCAGAUCAACUUGUCCUUCUCAUUUCUGCUACUUGUUCAGUCUCUGGGAAGUUCUGCUCAGUGCGCUCCAGUUUAAUCAUGAGGUGAUUUCUGCAACGAAACGCUGAAAAGAUGGAUACGAACAUCUCCGCAGUAGCAGACGGUGGCUCGUCAGAGAGAGACGCUUCCACGCGUGUUUUAACCGGCUGCUUCCUCUUCCUCCUCAUCUUCACCACCCUCCUGGGAAACACGCUGGUUUGCGCGGCUGUGACCAAGUUCCGUCACCUGCGGUCGAAGGUCACCAACUUCUUCGUGAUCUCGCUGGCGAUCUCGGACCUGCUGGUGGCGGUCCUGGUCAUGCCGUGGAAGGCCGCCACCGAAAUUGUCGGGUUCUGGCCCUUCGGCUCAUUCUGUGACGUCUGGGUGGCGUUCGACAUCAUGUGCUCCACCGCCUCCAUCUUGAACUUGUGCGUCAUCAGCGUGGAUAGAUACUGGGCCAUAUCAAGUCCAUUCCGCUACGAGAGGAAAAUGACACCUAGAGUUGCUUUUGUGAUGAUCAGUGUUGCCUGGACCUUGUCAAUCCUCAUCUCCUUCAUCCCUGUCCAGCUUAACUGGCACAAGGUUCGAAGCCCUGGCUUCCCCGAGCCUAACGGAACCUACGGGGAGAUGUUUCCGGAUAACUGCGACUCCAGCCUCAAUAGGACGUACGCCAUCUCAUCCUCGCUCAUUAGCUUCUACAUACCUGUCGCUAUAAUGAUAGUCACGUACACCCGGAUCUACCGGAUCGCUCAGAAACAGAUCAGGCGGAUUUCGGCUCUGGAGCGAGCGGCAGAGAACGCCAUGCACCGGCACACCAGCAUGAAGAGGAACCCUGGCGCAGAAACGGAGAGCUCAUUCAAGAUGUCAUUCAAGCGCGAAACGAAGGUCUUAAAAACGCUCUCGGUCAUAAUGGGGGUGUUCGUCUGCUGCUGGCUGCCCUUCUUCAUCCUGAACUGCAUGGUUCCGUUUUGCGAGCCGAGCCUGACGAACGAACGGAUGAAUUUCCCCUGCGUCAGCUCCACGACCUUUGAUGUCUUCGUUUGGUUCGGCUGGGCAAACUCAUCUCUCAAUCCGAUUAUAUAUGCCUUCAAUAUAGAUUUCCGAAAGGCCUUCUCUAUCCUGUUAGGCUGCCACGGACAUUGUUCCAGUACCAAUUCCAUAGAGGUCCUCAGCCUGAACAACAAUGGCGCUCCGCCUCCGUCGUCCCAUUCCCAAGCUAAGGGCCGCGUCCCUCUGGAAGGGAGCAUGGCGUACACAAUCCCUCACACCAUUCUGAGCCAGGAUGAGGAGCUGAGUGAUGUGGAGGGUGAUGUUGGGAUCAAAGCUCCGAUGAACGUCUCUCCUGCCCUUUCGGCCAACUUGGACAGCGAGACUGAUGUUUCUUUGGAAAAGAUUAACCCCGUGACUUCAAACGGGCAACAUAUGAUGUGACGGGAGAUGAAAGUUCUUCUCAUUUAAGAAUCUUUCCAUUCUCAACUUUAAAAGCAGAUGUGAAGAGGGAUAUAUAGCCAGAGAUACACCUCAACAGUACCUGCGAAAAGCGAUGUUUACUACCUUAAAUCUAGUGUGGUGCAAACCCUACAGAAUGUUCUAAACGCACUUUAUCCCAAAUACCUAUCUUGAAAAAAUUCAUGUAGUGGAUCAAUAUCUGAAAUAUAUGUAUAGAACAAAUCAAUCAGAUGUAGAUGAACAUAAUUUCAAUGACGUCGUUUUCGUAAUACAUCAUAAGAUCCAUUUAACGUGGACAUAUGCAAAAGCUAAUGUUUUUUUGUCUGUAAGUGCUGUAUGAUUGUAAGUUUAUUGUAUAGUCUAGUUUUUUGUAUAUUGUCAAGUACUACGUCAAUUUCUUCAAAAUGUU